AUGCAACCCUUUGAUAGUGGGCAUGAUGACUUAGUCCAUGAUGUCGUUUAUGAUUUUUAUGGGAGACAUGUGGCAACAUGCUCUUCCGACCAACAUAUUAAAGUUUUCAAAUUGGACAAGGACACAAGCAAUUGGGAGCUAAGCGAUUCAUGGAGAGCUCAUGAUAGUAGUAUUGUGGCCAUCGAUUGGGCCAGUCCUGAGUAUGGCCGCAUCAUUGCUUCAGCCUCUUACGAUAAGACGGUAAAAUUAUGGGAAGAGGACCCCGACCAAGAAGAAUGUUCUGGCCGUCGUUGGAGCAAAUUGUGUACAUUGAAUGAUUCCAAAGGGUCACUUUACAGCGUAAAGUUUGCGCCAGCGCAUUUGGGCUUAAAAUUAGCUUGUUUAGGUAACGAUGGGAUUCUCAGGCUUUAUGACGCCUUAGAACCUUCUGACUUAAGAUCAUGGACAUUGACUUCUGAAAUGAAAGUACUUUCUAUACCACCAGCAAAUCAUUUACAAUCUGAUUUUUGCCUCUCUUGGUGUCCUUCAAGAUUCUCUCCUGAAAAACUUGCAGUCUCUGCAUUGGAGCAAGCGAUUAUAUAUCAAAGAGGUAAAGACGGUAAACUUCACAUUGCAGCAAGACUUAGUGGUCAUAAAAGUUUAAUAAGAAGCAUCAGCUGGGCACCUUCCAUUGGUAGAUGGUAUCAACUCAUUGCAACAGGUUGCAAAGAUGGUAAGAUUCGAAUUUUCAAAAUCACAGAAAAAUUAAGUCCCCUGGUCUCAGAGGAGUCUUUAACUAACUCAAAUAUAUUUGAUAAUAGUGCUGAUGUUGAUAUGGAUGCACAAGAUAAAUCGGACCCAAAUACCGAAGAGAAAUCCGAACUACAAUCAAACUUGAAGGUUGAACUUCUAAGUGAGCAUGAUGACCAUAAUGGCGAAGUUUGGUCUGUUUCUUGGAACCUAACGGGUACGAUUCUAAGCAGUGCUGGAGAUGAUGGGAAAGUACGUUUAUGGAAAGCCACAUAUUCAAAUGAAUUUAAGUGCAUGUCUGUAAUUACUGCCCAACAAUAA